CCACCUGGAAUCGACGCCCAGUUCCCCACUGCGGUUCUGUUUGAGCUGCACCCUGCAGCCCCCUGGGGAGAACUUCCUUCCGCCUCCACCGAGCCCCACCCCUCCCCCAGCCUCUUCCGGCCAGGGCCCCGUUCGAGCCCCGAGGCCUAGUGCUGGACAGACCUGUUAGGAUGCUUGCCCCCUGCCAGGACCACCUGGCCCUGGGCUAUCUGCUGCUCUCCAGCUGGUUCCUGGAAGCCCGAGGUCAGCAACCCGUGGAGACGGUCACGGCGCUGACCGGCAGCCAGGCUCGCCUGUCGGUCCCCAACCUGCCCGACGAGUACCAGGAGCUCUCCUGGCUCUACGGGUCCAAGAGGAAGAUCGUACUCCACAGCCCCCAGGGCACCACGUACUUCAGAGUGGGGCUGGGGGAACGGGUCUGCCUGGACGAAACCAAGGCCCUGCACAUCUGGAACCUGCAGAAGAGUGACAGUGGCGACUACAUCCUGCAGCUGCUGAAUACAAAAGGCAUCAAUGAGGAGAUGAGGCUCAGGCUGACAGUGCUCGACCCCGUGUCCACGCCCGUCAUCACGGUCCAGGACCUGCGGCCCCAGGGUGCUGGCUGCUUCCUGACUCUGUCCUGCUUCGUCCCCACACACCCCUCGGUCACCAUCACCUGGUCUGGGCCCAACGUGAGCCAGACGAAGUCCCAGAUCCUCAAGGUGCCCGCCCACACGAUGCCCGCCUCCUACACGUGCAAGGCCAACGACACCCUGAGCAGUAGCCAGAGCACCGUGACCUUCGCCGGCUGUCUCACAGGCCAGUCCCCGGGAGAGCUGGGCCUGGCCUCCUGGCUGCUGCUGCUGGUGCCCUUGGCUCUCCAGGCCCUGCUGACCUGACCCAGCCCUGCCCACAUCUGGGUUGCAGCCAGAGGGCGUGUCUCCAAAGGUGGUGCCAGCCACGCAGCCAACCUGGAUCCUUCUCCAGCACCACACGGGUCCCCACGGCGACCACCAAGGACUCAAGCAACACCGGAUGUGGCCCCU